GCAGUGCGCGAAGGAAGCAUCAAGGAAGAUGGCGGCGGCAGGGGCCCCGGGGCGGCUGAGGCUCAGAUUGACACUGCUGCUGGCCGUGUUCAUGUCAGUACCGGCAGUACAAGCCAAGAAGAGCCUGGUCAAAGUCAUCACCGACCACAACUGGAGAGAGAUCUUGGAGGGGGAGUGGAUGGUGGAGUUCUAUGCCCCCUGGUGUCCUGCCUGCCAGCAUCUUCAGUCUGAAUGGAAUGAGUUUGCAGAGUGGAGUGAUGACCUGGGUGUCAAUGUUGCCAAAGUGGAUGUAACCGAGCAGCCAGGUUUGAGUGGUCGUUUCAUUAUUACUGCUCUUCCUACGAUAUACCACUGUAAGGAUGGAGAGUUUAGAAAGUAUCAAGGCCCUAGAAUGAAGAAUGACUUUAUUGACUUUAUAGAUGGAAAGAAAUGGGAAGCCAUAGAACCAAUGUAUUCUUGGUUAAGACCUUCCUCCUUUUUGAUGACUAGCAUGUCAGCAUUAUUUCAGCUGUCCAUGUGGAUUCGUCAUUGUCACAAUUACUUCACUGAAGUUAUUGGCAUACCAGUUUGGGGAUCAUAUGGCAUUUUUGCUUUGAUAACACUUUUUUCUGGUCUUGCGCUUGGACUGAAUCCUUUGAACUGGCAAAUGUGCUUUAAAAAAUCUGCACAUGAAGGAGAUUCUGGUGUUUGUGGCAGAUUGUGUGUUACCAUCUCGACGAUAUAAGCACCAACCGCAUUGUUCUCAAAAAAAAAUGUCGCUAACCAAGCCACUGAAGCCACAGGAUGGGCAUUUUCAGGAAGAGGAUGAUGAAACUGAAGAUGACCUGUGCUCACAAGCAAAAGAGAGCAGUAGUAGAACAUUUGAGAAGGCUGUGCUGAAGGAUUGUGGAGAUUACUUACAGGACUCUGUGCGAAAACGUACUAUGGAGUACACCAGCAGAGCUGAUGACUCCUGAUUCUAAUAACAGACUAAAACAGAAAUGUGACUGAAGCUACAGUGCUUCUGAAAGGCGUUCAACAGUUUGGUUAAACAGUGGAUUUAUGAACCAAGGCAAUACUAAAGUGUGAGAUUAUCUUUGGUGGGUAGCAGUGUUGUACUAAGCUUGCUUUGGUUGCAGCAAAACUGAGAAGCUAGUGAAAAUGAACUUUGCAUGCUCCUUUAAGCCUUCCACACUUCUUGGUUAUAUAGACACCAUGUUGCUGAGCCCUUUGUUGUGAUGGAAGGCUUGAAGUGGAGCAAUUAUAAAAUUACUUUGGUGGUAUCCUUGACCGAAAUAUUAAAGUUCAAAUUUUCCAAGCUACUUUUCAAAACACCAGCUUAAAAAUGACUUGUUGACUAACUGUACCUGCUCAUAAAGAAAUUAUUUCUGCAGUAUUACAGAAAACAGCUGUUUGAUAUGCUCUAGAACAAUGUCUUUUCUCUACCAAUUUUGCUUACUUUUAUUUCCAUCGAAACACUAGAGCUGAUUUUGCAAAACUCAUAUGUAGCUAGUGAUCAACUCAUUUAGAAUUUCAGCUUAUUAGCUAAUACAUGAAUUCAAAAUCCCUAUAACCUUGCAUUUCAAUUUGGUCCAAACCUUUUGUCUUUCCACCUGCCCUACAUUCAUUUAAAUUUGUCAUCCUAGGUUCAACCUUCCUGUCCUGUAUUAAAAUUUCUUUCUUUUGAUUAACUGAGUGUUCAAAGGCUCAAGUCCUUACCAUAAUAUAAACGCUAGGUCAACAUAUCAAACCAGACUAUUCAUUUAUGAACAUUCAAACCUAGAAACAUGAGUGGCAGGAAUAGAUCAGCUGGACAAUCAUGCCACCCAUCAUGCUGUCUAAUUGUAAAAGUAUGACUUUUUAGAAAUCAAGUGAAAAUAAUCAUUGCUGGUCCAAACUUCAGUGAAUUCUUCCAAGUGUUUUCUCAUUUUAUAAUAUUAUGAGGGACAGGAGUUUUUAUAUUUUGUUUAAUUUUUAUUUAGUAUAAAUAGUGUCCCUGAUGGUUCAAUGAGCAAAUGGCUUAUAUUGCACAGCACUGAGCUACAUAGAUCAAGAGCACCUUGGUCUUUGGUGAGUGACCUGAUCUGUGUGAGGCUUAGGGUUUUGAUUGAAUUGGGCAUUAUAAGUAGCUUCAGUAUCCUUUUGUUAAGGAAGGGAAAAAUCAACCAGGCUUCCUCUUGUGAUUGCUACCUGUGAUUCCUAUAUCCCGGGGCCAUUUUGGACUUGACCGUAAUGGCCUACACUGGCAAGUAACUCAUUGACACUCAGAGUUCAAGCUCAGAUAUAAAUGAUGGCCACACAUAGGAUAUUGGAAGAAUACUGGAAUCAGUAGAAAUAUACUGAGCAUGCCACUGAAAGGUGUAAUGAGACAACCUUUUGAUCAGGAAAAAGAUGCUGCCUUUUAAUCUACUGUUUAAUAAAGGGAAUGGGAUGUAUAAAAGUUUCAGGUACUAGCAUUCCACUCCACUGUACAAAUAGUACCUCAAAAAUGUUUAGCUUCUCACUCAGGCACUCAGUGCUGGCAUCAGUAAAGCAUCCUUGCUUUAAAAAACACCUUACAGUUUGAAGGGGGCAUGUGUUUUCAUUUAAGGACUUGGGGUUUAUUUUGUGUUGGGGAAAGCACCAACCAGCUUACAGUGUUUAUUUGUGUUCAGAAAUGUUUUCAAUGUGCACAGAAUCAGCUCCUGAAGUGUCCCUUUUUUUGUAGAAUAGAUUCAAAAUAUUAUAAUCUUUUAUAUUUUUAGUUUAGAGUUAAAACUCUUAGUGCCAUAAAAAUCUGGUGUGCUGGUCAGAGCUGCUGCUUUGAAUGCCCGACAUUAAGUUCUCCUUAAAUAAUACUCCCAGGUAUGCAGAGAAUAAACAUCUGCACGAGCAUGAUCCAUACACUGGACUUGUUAAAAGUUUUGUUUGCUAUGAUGUACCAUUUUUAUAGCCACAUCAGAUAUAUUUAGCUGACAGAAGUACGUGUGAACCUUUUGAACUUUAUUGGAUAUACUGGAAUCAUAGACUAAUUGUAAAGUCCGCUCAUUAUUUACAACUUUGAGAACAUAUUUGCACAUGGGUAAUAGGCUUCUUGAGUAGAUUUUUUUUUCUUGUUGAUGGGGAGUUUCUGUUUAAAAAGGGACUUUGAUGGAAAACAAUUUGUAAAUAGUUUUGUUCCAACAAUAUUGUUGUAAAUUUGUAGAAGGUGCCUAAUAUAAAAUAUUAUGUUGGGCUGACUUUCUUUCCUAAGUUAUCUGUGCUGAGAUUGUAAGGUCCUUUUUGUCACUAAUUCAUAUAAAGCUAUUUCUUCCAAUUA